CCCGCCCGCCCGCCGCCGGCUGGGGGAACGCGCCGGGGCGGGGGCGAGCGCGCGGCUCCGCAGCCCGGGGCAGCGGCGGGGGCAGGGUCCGGCAGCGGGGCGGCGGACGGACCGACGGACAGACAGACCGACGGGCCGGCGGGGGUGCCUGCGGCCGCCAUGGAGGUGUGCGAGAGCGGCGGGGAGCAGCCGCCGCUGCUGCACUGGGACCGCAAGCUGAGCGAGCUGUGCGAGCCCGCGGACCCCGACACGCUGCUGAGCCGCACGCACUUCACAGAGUUCCUGGAUGAAUUUUCACCUGAUGUCCUAGGCCAGCUCUUGAAUGAUCCCUUCUUGUCUGAGAAGAAUGAAAUAAUGGAAGUGGAACUGUCUCCAGCAUCCCCAGCGCCCCUCAUCCAGGCUGAACACAGCUAUUCCCUCUGUGGGGACUCUCGACCUCAGUCUCCCUUGACCCACAUCUCGACUGAUGACAACUUUAAUGAAGGUGACCUGGAAAAUGAGGAAUGGUGUCUGGCUGCAGAGUUUACUCCAGCUUCAAUAAAGACUGAGCCAGGGCUGUGUGAGACGUCAGGCCUUGCUCCCUCAGUCAGUCUCACCGUCGCAGCCACGUCGCUGGAGGGGGAACAGCCUGAACUACAGACAGAUGUCCUGAUCAAACCACUGACCCAGAAAGUUCUUCCAGAGAUUAAACUGGAGCCCCAUGAAGUGGAUCAGUUCCUGAACCUCUCUUCUAAGGAAGCAGUGGAUCCCCUGCAUUUGCCUCCCACCCCUCCGAGCAGCCAUGGCAGUGACUCAGAAGGAGGGCAGAGCCCAGCUCGAUCACUCCCUCCUUCCAGCCCAGUCCAGCUCCAGGCCACAGCUAAGGUUGUGUCACGCACAGCUUCAGUGCUCUCCAAUUCCCCUCUCCUGACUGCACCACAUAAAUUACAGGGGACUGGCCCCCUCAUCCUGACAGAGGAAGAGAAGAGGACGCUGAUUGCAGAGGGCUACCCAAUCCCUACCAAACUGCCCCUGACAAAAGCAGAGGAGAAAGUUCUAAAGAAAAUCCGCAGGAAAAUAAAAAACAAGAUCUCUGCCCAGGAAAGUAGAAGAAAAAAGAAAGAAUACAUGGACAGUCUGGAAAAAAAAGUUGAGACCUGCUCAAAUGAAAACAGUGAGCUGCGUAAGAAGGUUGAGGUCCUGGAGAACACUAACAGAACUCUUCUGCAGCAGUUGCAGAGACUCCAAGCCGUGGUUGCUGGCAAAGUGUCCCGCUCGUGUAAGGCAGCUAGCACACAAACAGGGACCUGUCUUAUGAUGGUGGUGCUGUGCUUUGCAGUAGUUUUUGGCAGCUUCUCUCAGAGCUAUGGGCCAUAUCCUUCUGCUACGAAGAUGGUGUUGCCCAGGCAGCAUUCCUCACCAGAGUCUUACACAGAUUCCAUUGUGAGGUCAAGGAGUCUACUAAUUUAUGAAGAGCCUCACCAACUGGAGGAGCCAUCAAGCCCGAUCUCCUUUGCAGAUCGCAGUGACAGGCAAACAGACGCCUCCAAGUUCACAACACUCUCCCUGGAAGCUGUGUCAGGGACACAGCAGGAUGAUAUCAUGCAGUUCACAAUAGCCAACGAGACAAGGCUAGAAAAAUCAGUGCUGCUGGGCCUGCAGCAGCACAGAGUCAACUCGGAACUAGAAGGAAAUGAAACACUGAAGAUAAUUGAAAUAGAUAGAAGAGUCAAUGCCACCUCUUAAAAAUAAAAAAGGCCUUUUUUCCUUGACUUCCCUCUUUCCCACAUAUUUUCAACCAAAGUUCCCCUGACUUGUCAUCCUCAGUGAACCAAAGUACAAAAGAGAGGGAGUUCAACUUCUGCCAUUGACUGGUGAGGCUGUGACUACAGAUGGGAUCUCUUGUCUUUGUAACUCCCUUCCUCACGUUGCACACAGUCCCUGUCUCUGCUUUUAUCCCUUUCCUGUCUAACACUGCAAGGGCAGGAUUGAAUUGUGAUGGCAGAUGAUGCCAGCAGCGUGCUGGUGACUGGUGGGUGGGUGUGCCUGCACAGCCUGAUCUGAGCACAAGGACAUUCUGGAGAAGGGUGAAUUGUGUGAAACCAAUGGGAGCAUGUGGGUGAUGGGUUUCCUGGGAGAAGGUAAUUGAGAGAGAGAGGAGAUGCAGCAUGAUGGUGCUUAGAGUCUCAGCACAGCUCCGUGCCUACUGGUCUACAGCGCUUGAGCCUUUUGGGAGGAUGGAGAAGCACAUGUGCAGCCUGCUUCUAUAGGGACAAGAAAGGGCCCUGACACUGCUGAGUUCACAGCACAGGCAGGAGAGGGCUGGUCCAUGAUGCUGCUGAAUUGUCCUCCCCUAGCUCUUCCUCUUCUCCCCUCCAGUCUCUUCAUCACUUAGCAUGGUAGGUUUCUCUAUGCAUUGGAAGCAGUCCCUUGAGAAAUUAAACAAAGAUCAGUCACUGUCUUACCACACUCUUUGUGGGAGAAUUAUGCUAGUUUAACUAAAUCUGUUUAGAAAGCAGGUUUUGUUACAUUUAUGCAAUAUUUUAGAUGGAUGGCCUUUCGUCUGCUUAAGCUAAUUUAUUUAGCUUAAAUCAGUUCCUUCCCAACAAACUAAGUCAAUGUAAGGCUUAAACCAGAAGUGCCUCCUGAGAGGACCAUAUAGAUUUAAUUUAUUGGCUUCUAGCUGGUUGAUGAAAAUUCUUGUGUAGACCCAGUCUCAGAUUGUCUUGUGUUUUCCUUUUCUUGCCAUCUUCCUGUUACUGUUGUAAAUAGUAUUUAUUAGCUUUGAAAAAUUCUGUUCAGGCAGUUGCAAUGAAGAGAAUUGAGCUUUCCUAACCCUGCAAGUGAUCUGGGCAAACCCUGAAGUCGGACACAUAAACAUCACUGAACAACCAAUUCCUCCCCUUAAUUGUCCUAAAAUAAAGCCACGUGUCUUAUUUUCCUCUUACCUGCUUUUCCAGAGAUGUGAUCUGAGACUAACUGCUUUGGGCACAGACAGGCCCAGCUCCUGGCUAGAGGUGGUGGGUACUGUAUUAACUGUGUGGCAGGGCAGCCUCUGCUCUGGGCAGCUGAUGAUGUUAUGUAGGCAGGAGACCUGGCAAAGGAGGAAUGGGAUGAGCACGUGGGGAGGUGAAGUGACUGGCCCAGGCUCAUUGAGAAAGCCAAGAGCAGCAUUCUGGUCUGAUCCUAGUCCAGUACUCUUCUCCAUGCUUUGUUUCCUUCUUGUCCCGUGUUGUUGUUGUCUUCAAGUGUCCUCUCUCUCUCUCUCUCUCUCUCUCUCUGUACCCUGGUCAUGCCUUUGCCUGAGCUGUGCUUCUUGCAAUUUGUCCUUGCAGGGGCAUAGUUGAACUCAGUCCAGAAUUUGAGCAGGGUUUUAUCUGGUUCUUACAGAAGGGCACUUGUGCUCCAUUGAGGAUGGAUUUAAUGUGAAAAUCCUAAUUCAGCAGGUUAGCAUAGCUACUUUACAGUUUACCAGAAGAAGUCAAUUAAAAAACAAAAGUAAUUUGAAACUCUCUUUUAUUUUUUUUUUUCCUAAUGAUAAAUAAGGGAAAAACUAACCUAGCCUUACAAAUAAUUUUUUUUACUAUGUACAGUAGAUAUUUCCUGCAUUCUAUUUUGUAAAAUAUUGAAUUUGUAUUUUAUUACAGCAUCUGUCACACCAGCUCCUUUCUUGUUCUUCAUUCUCCUUAGAAUUCCUUCCUUUGGUGUCCUAUUUGCCACCCUCAGGCGUGACUCAAAAUCCAGUGAAAUGAGUGGAAGGGAUUUGGUGACUUGGAGAGGACUGUGGAUCAGUCCCCUCUGUGCCGUUUUAAGAAGGUGUUUCACAUCUGUGACAGUGAAACAAGUGCCUGACUCCAUGAGCUAGCUCUGAUGUACAGAUAUGCUUUUCUAGGUAGUGCCCUAUUCUUCUAUGCAAGUGCCUUAUUAUUUUACCUGAGGUGACAAUGAGAGUAGAAAUGCUGUUGUAGUCUGUUCUGCAAGUGUUCCCAUCUUGGCAUGGGUCAACCUCCACCAUAAAGUCUGUUUCCCUUCGCAGUGAUCCUGCUGGGUUUUCUGAAUCAUUCCAGUAUCCAUUAACAACUUUUGUGUUUGGGGUUUUUUUAAAUGGUUUCAGGCUUCACAUGAACAGUGAUCACUUGUGAGUGCCACCAGGGAUGGCUGCAUUGCUCAGCCACUUGAGGUCAGCAAAGUGACAGGAGAAAGCUGAGACUGACCCCAGCUGGUCAGCAUAAGUGGGCAGGGUCAGAGUUUAGAAAGUUCCUCAAAUGGUCUUUUUUUUUUCCAGAGCACCCUUGGUUUGCCAGAUUUGAGGGCAACCAAGUGGUUAAAUGUUUUGCAAAAGAGGCCCCAGGGUGUGAAACACAACACCACUUACUUGGUGUUGCAGUUUGCACUGUGCCCAUUGCCAGCUAAAUGCAUCACCUCCCAUUUCAGAUACAGCUGGCUGACUUCACCUUGUGAAAACCAAAGUGGAAUUAUUUCUCAGCUCUUAAAGGACAGAUGAUUUUGCACAACCAAAAUGGCUCCUCCUCUCUGAAACCUACUGCACUGGCCACCAUUAAAAUUUUGCCCUUUUUUUAAAUGUAAAAUUUUAAAUUUAAUUUGGGCAUAUUGGUGCAAAUCUGAUAUCUGGAAGAUAAUCAUAUUUUUAAUCAUAUUUUCAUCCUGAGUAUUUUAAACUGGCCAUGGUCUGGGUCAGGCCUCUGUACUAAUUCAUCCAAGCUAGUAUGGCCAUACUGAUUUCUUCUAAGUGUUUGAUAAUCUAUUGCUAGAAUCCUAAUUUGUGUAAUCCUUUAAAUUAUUUUUAGGUACUCUUUUAGGGAAUCUCUUUGCCUAGCACACACAUUGCUUGGGGAUUUAUUGUAUUAUAUGUUACUUUAUAAGGAAAAGCUUUGCUUCACUUUGGUAUGUUUGUGAUCAUUUUUCUUCAGGGGCUUUAAUAGAACAGGUUUCUCUGCUAGAGGCCAGGAAGUCCCCUGUCAUCACUUACCCACAGGCUGUGGUGUGGCCAGGACCCCACAGUCCCCAGAGGGAGUUUGUGCCCGUGUUCUGUACCUGGCAGGGGACAGAGGAGGCAGGAGAAGCCCCAGCAUCCAGGGAAUACCCCGGUGGGAAUGUUGAUGCACUGCAGAUCACAUGGAGAGGCAGCUUUUGUGCUCUGAGUUAAGGGCAUGGGGCAGGAGUAGGAAGGCACAUUCAGGGAGAGGAUGCCAGUAAGUGCUUUUAGUUAGUUCAGCUCUUUUACUUGAGGCCUUAGCUUUCUGCCAGUGUGCUUUUUCUGGUGAUCAGUGACUUGGUGCUGUGGAAUCAUGUGUGUGUGUAUAUGGACAGGGUAAGCAAAGGCCUUGUGUGCUACAUAAUUUCCAUUUCCAGUAGAGGACUUAAGUGAUAAGAGUCCUCAGCUGCAAGGUUAUGUUGCUCAUCAGCAUAAUUUUAUAAACACUAGUAAACUUACUUUUUGGCCUAUAGCUUUAGAGCAUGUCUAGAUCUGUUGGGUCUUUGCUUCUAGAGAGAUAAGCUAUGAAGGAAUGUAGGGCAUUAUUUUAUAUAUAUGUAUAUUUAAAAAGUCUGAAGCACAGGGCAUAUGACGUUUCUAACCUUUUUACCAAUGUGUAGAUAAUACUGUUUUCUGCCCCACCCCAGGCUAUUUAUAGUUCUUUGCUUCACUUCUUUAAUUUCAUCUGUACCACUCAAUAUUUUUCGGCUGCACAAACUAAUGGAUUUGGCUUAGGUUCUUAGGCCACAUCCCAGCUGAUAUAGCCAGCAUGGUUCUCACACACUGCUCUUGGAGGCUGCAGGUCUGAUUUGUACUGACAGGGGACCUUUUCCUCCACAUCUCUUUGUGUAACCAUGUAUCUUGAUGUGUUCUUGAUUCUUGUAACAUAGACCAAAAAUUAAUCUAAAACCUCUUUUUUUUCCCUGCAAAAGAAACCAACGCACCUCUCCACUCCCAUCCUCCCAAACUAUCAGUGGUGAAUUCUGUCUAGACACUUUUAGAAUGUAGGUCAAGUAAGUGAAUGAUGCUAAUUGCUACGUUGGGAGGGAUUUCCACUGAGUAUUUGGGCUCUAGAUUCUAGCUAGCGCCAAGAGGCCAUUGUUCAAAACCCACGCAGCUAAGAACAGAGGAAUACAGAGUAUUUUUAUACUCUUGGUGACUAAAAUAUUUCUUUCUCGAGUCACUAAUUAAAAAGGGAACAUUUUGUAUUCUGAAGGUGAAAUGAUAGGUCAGUACUUUGUAGCUACAAAAGUUGUCCCAGCCUAUAUAACAGUGUAGUGCUGUGAUGCAUUGCUGCUUUGCACUAUCUAGUGUUAAAGUUUAACAACUUUGGGGGUUGAAAGGGGAAUGGACUGAUGUAUGUGUUAGGUAAGGUCUGUACAAAGAAAAUGUAAGGAUUCAAUCCAUCUUGUAGUUUUCUCAUGGCCAGUAAAGUGACACUGGGCAUUCAGAGAAUUUCUUGAAGGUUAAUCCAAAUUAAUACUGCAUUGCUUAGGUGAUCAGCAUCCAUUGGAGACUCUAGGAUUGAGAGGGAAAUUGCAAUUUGAAUUUCUCAUUUUUAUGUCAGGUCUUUUUCUGCUUUACCAAGGUGUGUAUUAUAUAUAUGAAUCAAAUUCCUGUGUAAAAAAAAGUGCCUCAUGCAGGGAACUCAUUUGUGAUGCUGUUUGGAUCUGAUGCUGAGUGGAGUUUGAAUAUUCUUUAUUAGCAGUAGUCUCUUGUCUGCCCUACAGCCAGUCUCCAGAUUCUUCUUCCAAGAGCUGUGACUAAAGAGGUGAGACCAGAACAUGGGAAAGCUGGAUUUGUAGACCUGUCUUACAGAAAGUGUGAAAGAAGAGGCAGGUGAAGGGACUCCUCACAUCACAGGGAAACCUUCUAGUUCUUGAUUCCAUAAAUCAGCAGUGAUAGUCUCUUUCAUUAGUUACCUGCUAGAUUUAGCUUUACUCCUAUUCCCCUUGCUCUUUAAAGCUAUGCAGUCCUGUGUAGGUAGAGCUGACCUGUACAUUAUAUCUUACUUUACCCUCUAAACAUCAGGUAAAAAUGUUUUUGAACCUCAGCAGUCCAUAAUGAAGGGAGUGGAAGAGAGAGAGGGGGAAGCAGAGGCAGGUACUGCAUUUUUUUUUAAACAGAACUCUGCUCAUAUCUGACUUAACCAUAGCAGAUUUUAAUCCAGUGGUGCUGGUUUAAUGGCAUCUUGCUUUCUUAAUUUGUACAGUUAGCGAGAACGGGUGUGAGCGUGUGUGCAUCUGUGCACAUGUGCAUGGUGAAUGAUCAAAAGGUAUCAAAACCACAGAGUUUCAUUUGUAAUUUCUUAAUGUAAUAAAUGUUGCUAAAUAAAGGCAUCUACCUGAACACACAGGGCACUUUGGGCUUGGUGCAGCAGAAAGCCCAGGCAUUUCUCUCUGAAACCUGUUCACAUUCCACAUCACUGAGCACUUGUAAAACUGUUGUGUGACUUGCUGUCUGAAGACUGUCCUGUGAUUAAUUGUCGACUGAAUGUUGUUGCACUGUGUCAUUUUGUCUGGCCUUUCUAGAGAGCAGUUCUGGCUUGGUACAAAAAAAUAAUUAUCUUAUAUUCUGCUAUCAUUUUUGGUCUGCAGAAUUAUGGCUUUGAAUGCCUUUUUAUUUUUAUUUUUUUUUCUUAUAGUGGUGUAAAUUAGUCUUAAAAGGUGGCCCUGGGAGCACUGGUGCCCUAACCACCCCUGGGGCACAGUGAGAUGCCAGCCAGGGGAAAUAAUUUCCUCUCAGAAGGUGGUGCAAGUACAUCCCAGUUUCCUUGAGAUUCACUAGGCCUUGCAAGGGUAAAUUACCUGGUGUUGCUCUCUUGAAGAGAAAUACAUAUCCAUGGCCAAUUCCAUUGCCUUGGACCAUGCAGAACAGCACAGACUAAGUCACUCUGCUGUGACACCCCUAGGGCACUUAAGCUGAUUUUUCCCUUUUCUCUCUGUUCAUGUGAAUGCAGUAUAGGUUUGUGCAAACAUGUAAAACUAUCUGAGAUGUCAGGGACAGUGAUCCUAGUGCAAAAGCACCCCCCCAAACUCCUUGGUAAGCUUCACUGGGGCCUCUUCUGACUGCAGAUAUCUCUAUUCUCUUGCCAUGUCUAUUUAACUCUGUGUCUGUCUUCAGUGGCCUGUCUAUUUUUGUACAAGUGCUGUCAUCUGGAUACGGUCCCACCUGAUUGUUCACACUGCAAGCAUGUCCAUUGGGUGGAAAUAAAUUGCUGUUUCUCCUUUUUAAAUCAUCUGCCUGAUUCUGUGAGAAAACAGACUACCUGCUUUUGUAGCCUAAAUAUGUAUGUAGUGAACUAUGUUAUGCUUUUCAUUUCUUGCAAAUAAAUAUUUUCUGUAGAAAAAAACAA